ACAGCAAUGCUAUUCACGAAGUUAAAGGGGGAUGCUGCUGUGGCCCUGCAGACACAGGUCAAGGACUGCGUCAUUUCUGUCCCCAGUUACUUCACGAAUGCCGAGAGAAAUGCCCUCUUAGAUGCUGCUGCCAUUGCUGGACUCAAUGUACUGCGUUUGAUGAAUGAAACUACUGCCACUGCUUUAGCUUAUGGUAUUUACAAACAAGACUUACCCGCAGCUGAGGAGAAACCUCGAAAUGUCAUCUUUGUGGAUUUCGGACAUGGCUCUCUCCAGGUUGCCGCUUGUGCAUUCAACAAGGGUAAAUUGCGAGUGCUAGCCACUGCUACAGACGCGCAUUGUGGUGGUAGAGACAUAGAUAGUGCUCUUGCUGAAUACUUCAGCCAAGACUUUGUCACCCGAUAUAAGCUGGACCCAAGAAAAAAUCAAAGGGCAUACCUCCGCUUACUGCAAGAAGUGGAGAAGUUGAAAAAGCAAAUGUCGGCGAAUAGUACGCGACUUCCUCUAAACAUCGAGUGCUUCAUGGAAGAACGUGAUGUUUCCGGCGACAUGCAGCGCUCACAGAUGGAACAUAUCUGCGCUGACACCUUUAACCGCGUCGAGAGAACACUGCGUGCUAUUCUGCAUAAUGCUAAGCUGAGACCUGAAGACAUUCACUCUGUGGAGAUUGUAGGUGGAUCCACAAGAAUUCCUGCUGUAAAAGGCCUGAUUGAACAAGUUUUUGGGAAACACGCCUCGACUACUCUGAAUCAGGACGAGGCAGUGUCUCGUGGCUGUGCGCUACAAUGCGCUAUGCUGAGCCCCGCGGUGCGCGUGCGCGACUUCAGCAUCACCGACGUGCAACCCUACGCAGUGCGUCUCGCUUGGGACGCCGCGCGUGGCGAGGACGGGGACAUGGAGGUGUUCCCAGCUUUCCAUGCAGCUCCAUUUUCGAAAAUGUUAACCUUCUACAGGAAAGAGCCCUUCACAGUUAGUGCCUACUAUUCUGACCAAGUACCUUUCCCUGAUACAUUUAUUGGACAGUGGAGUAUUGGAGAUGUGCAACCAACUCCAGAAGGAGAGUCUCAGAAAGUGAAACUUAAAGUAAGAGUGAACAUUCACGGUAUUGUUACCGUCGCGUCUGCUUCGCUCGUGGAGAAGAAACAGGACAAUUCCACAAACGAAACCAUAGAGAUGGAAAACGCGAACGAAGUCAACAACCAAGAAGCUCCGAUGGACACCAACGGUGUUAACCAAGACCAGCAAAACCAACAAAACGGGCCCGAAAACCAAGAGGUGAGAGAAGAUGACAUGAAAGGAGAGCCACAACAAAAACAAUCGUGGACACAGAGAGUAGGCCAGUGGUUCAGCGGGGACAACGAUGACAAAAAGGAUAAAUCUAAGGAAAAAACCAAGAAGGUGCUCAUCAAAACCGUGGAACUCCCCAUAGACGCCCGCACUCACGGAUACUCACAACAUGAACUCAACACUCACAUGGAACAAGAAGGCAAGAUGCAGGCUCAAGAUAGGCAAGAAAAAGAACGCGCGGACGCUCGCAACGCUCUAGAAGAAUACGUGUACGAGCUGCGAGGCAAACUGUCGGAAGGGGAGACCUUGCACGAAUUCGUGGCGGACGACCAACGCAGCAAGCUAGUGAAUCAGCUGGACAAUGUAGAGCAAUGGUUGUACGAUGAGGGCGAAGAACAAAACCGGCAGGUGUACUGUGAUAAACUUAACGAACUAAAGACGGAAGGAGAGCCCAUCAAGCAACGCCGUCUCGAAUUUGAACUUCGUCCGCAAGCUUUAGACGAUUUCUCAUUAGCUAUUCAAUUAGUUAAUAAAGCCGUUGAUCAAUACAGAGCGGGCGACGUGAAAUAUUCGCACCUGACCGACGGCGACAUUCAGAAAGUGAUAGACGCAUGCAAGAACGCGCUCAACUGGCUGGAGCAGGCGCGCCAGGCACUCGCGCACACUCCGCGCUACCAGUCGCCGCCACACACCACGCACCAGAUUCGCACCGAGCGACAGACUUUUGAAAAUACGGUGAAUCCCAUCCUAAACAAACCGAAACCUAAAGAGAAAACUCCUCCACCGGCGUCGAACCCGACAGCCGGCGAUGGGCAGCCUGCCGGCCACCAGCCCGACUCUCAGCAAGAGCAGAUGGACGUCGAGUGAACUGCCCGCACCCCAUUACCUUAUACUCAACUCCACUACUGAUUACUCUACCGUAGACGCGACAUGAUAUUCAAAUAUUACAAGUUGCAUAAAUCUCUUUGCAAGUAGCAUCUUGUGGUCCCCAAGAUUAUGCUAGUAUUUAGCAGGCUUCCUUGUUUUGCAAGGGAUUCAUAAAGCAAUUCGUGUCAGUUUAGGCCAAUAUAAACCAUAUUACAUUUUUCUAUUUUUUUUUUUAUUAUAUUUCCUGGUAAAUAAAUCUCACCGCCAAGAGUCACGGCUCUUGUAUAAUUUGAUAUGUUGUGACAUUAUGUCAUCAAUAUGACAAAGGCAUGCACUAGAUGAAAUAAAAAUGCAUGUAAUGGUUUUGGUUAAGCAUACAUACCCUGCUCUAUAUCCAAAGUUUCUGCCGCGUUGGUGUAUGUACUUACGAAUAUCGAUGUCGUGUCCAAGUAGAUCUCUUUUAGGAAUAAUACAAACUACACUAGCUCACUUUUUUUGCGAGCACUGUCGACAAAUCUAUAGUGAAUAAUUUAUUUAAAUGAGUAUUUGGUUACGUUUUCGGGCUAUGUUGGCUGUUUGAUUAUAUUGUAAUCGAAUACUACUACUGAAAUGAAAUAACAUUUUUAUAAUAACAAUAGAAUUAUAAUUUUGACGUAACCCUGAGUAUUAACUAUAAUUAUUUACAGCAUUUCUAAAACCUGCCAUUGUUGCUAUGAUGUGAUAAAUCCUGGGAAGAGUAGAUGUACAUACUUUUAUUCAGGGCAUAUUUUAUUGUAAAUUUGCUUUUUCUUUCAAGACUAUAGAAUAAUUAAUGGUUCUUGUGAUUAUAUACUUAUGUAGCUAAAUAUUUGUGUGUUCAAAAAACUUACCAAUUCAAAUUUGGUAUACGUUUAACCAUGUCAUUGCAUUUUCUUCGCUACAUAAUAUGUGUACUGAACAGAAGAACAUAGUGAGUACCAGUGCGAUUUUAGUAUUUUACAAUCUUCUGGUCAAUGUUCCGAUAUGGGCAAUCAUUCCUAAACGUAUAUGUUUAAAAAUAUGGAUUUGAGCAUUUUUUGCUUUUAUGUUGCUCCAUUAGUUAUUGCACUAAUAGUUUACUUAAAUUCGAUUGCAAAGCCUUGUUCGAAUUUUUAUUUAUAUUGUUUAACUACUAUAUUUUUUCCAUGACGAAGUAAGUGUUGCCAGCUUACCAGCAGCUAGUGAUUACAGAUUUAUUUAUAUUUAUAUUCUAUGAACUAUCAACAGUAUAUUCGUUACGUAAUAAAUGGCAGACUUGUUUCAUUUGAUUAUAAAUAAUAUUUAUAAAAUUUAAAAGAAAAACUAAUAAAAAUAGACGUCAGCUUAGUAAAUAAGAAUCGAGCCUCUGUAAUUCACUAAUUGAUUUCGAUACCAGUGGGUCAACUAUCAACAAAAGAAGACGAUAAUGGAAUUAUCAAUCGUUAGAACGUAAAAACAUCCAUUAUUCACACGUUCCUGUAAAAAUUGAUUAGUUUCACAAUCUAUCUAUAAAACUCGCUAACUACAUGACUAUUUAAAAUUUUACGGUUAAUGGCAACCCUGUAAACUGCGUGCAUGUUACUCCGACUUAGGAAAGAAUUAAAAAAACUCACUUCUGUGUGAAACUGUUCAGUUUGUUGUCUAUUACAGCUUAAGGUGACCUGC